ACCGGCGGCCCAUGAGCCCCGGCCUCAAAGUUUGCGGCGGGCGGGCGGGCGCGGAGCCUCCAAGAUGCCGUUCCACCCGGUGACGGCGGCGUUGAUGUACCGGGGCAUCUACACCGUGCCCAACCUGCUGUCGGAGCAGCGCCCCGUGGACAUCCCUGAGGACGAGCUGGAGGAGAUCCGCGAGGCCUUCAAGGUGUUUGACCGUGAUGGCAAUGGCUUCAUCUCCAAGCAGGAGCUGGGUACGGCCAUGCGCUCCCUGGGCUACAUGCCCAACGAGGUGGAGCUGGAGGUUAUCAUCCAACGGCUGGACAUGGAUGGUGAUGGCCAGGUAGAUUUUGAGGAGUUUGUGACCCUCCUGGGACCCAAGCUUUCCACCUCGGGGAUCCCAGAGAAGUUCCAUGGCACUGACUUUGACACUGUCUUCUGGAAGUGCGACAUGCAGAAGCUGACGGUGGAUGAGCUGAAGCGGCUGCUCUACGACACCUUCUGUGAGCACCUGUCCAUGAAGGACAUAGAGAACAUCAUCAUGACAGAGGAGGAGAGUCACCUGGGCACAGCCGAGGAGUGCCCUGUGGAUGUGGAAACCUGCUCCAACCAGCAGAUCCGCCAGACAUGUGUCCGCAAGAGUCUGAUCUGCGCCUUCGCCAUUGCCUUCAUCAUCAGCGUCAUGCUCAUUGCAGCCAACCAGGUGCUGCGCAGCGGCAUGAAAUAAGUGCCACCUGGGCACCUGGUCUGGCACGUGCAGUGCUGGGCCCACUCCCACCCACCACCACCUGCAGCCCUUCUCCCUCAGCUGGCUCUGGACCAAUAUCCUGUGUAUUUCGGGGCCUGGACAUCUGGUGACCCCCACCCCUCUCACCCCAUGGCCCUUGCAUGGAGCUGUGGCUAGGCUGCGGAGAACCUGGUGGUGGCCCUGAGGACGGCCCCCGGCCCCUACACCAUGCCCGUACCCCUACCUAGCCUGUAUGUAGCGCUAACUCUUCCUGCUGUCCAGGGGCUCCUGGGAAAUGAGGGCCUUGUACAGGAACCCCAGGACCCAGCCACUGCUGUGGUCUUUGUGCCCAGAGAGGGCACCUGCCU